GCAACAGUGGUGGCAGCUCAACAAUUCAGUGUCAACUGAAUACAUAAUUAUCAUGAACGAUUCAGAUUCGGAAUACGAAGAAACCGAAUAUUUGGUGUACGGAGACUUUCAAAAUAAUUUGGCACCACAUCAAUUGAAGCGCGAAGAUGCUGCAAUUAAAAUAAUUGGUAUUGAGGGCGACAAUCCUACGGCCGAAAUUAAUGGCAGCAUAUUUAAAGGUUCCUAUGAUAUGGCAAUGGGCACUUAUCUAUUUUUCGAAAAAGACAAUAAUAGCGUGCCCGGAGAUCCAUUAUUCGAGCCGGUUUGUCGACAACAAUACAAAUACGUCACUAAAACCGAUAAAAUCAUCAAUUUCGAACGGAUCUAUGUUGAGAAUCUGCCCCAAGAGAAGCAAGAAGUGAAGGAAGAAGAUCAGAAUCAGACUGAAGCUAAGACAUCAGAUUCGGCACUGAAGCCGAAUAUUACUUACAAGGAAGCAAUCAACAAGUUUGGCGACGAGCAGUAAACUUUCAUUAUGGAAAAUGUUGUGGAGCCGCCGCAGCCGUCUAUAAAUUUACGUACAUUUCUAGAAGAUUAUAAACUUAAGCUAAACUGUUCAGAAA